GUUUCUGUUUUUUCCUCUAAUUGCAAGACAAUCUUCUACUGGGGGUGGGUUAUGUGAAAAUGAACAUAUACAGAGGCAGGAGCAUUAGCGAGAUUUAUUUGGCUUCACGACUCUACGACGCAAUUGAAGACUGCGAUUUGAGUUCGGUGAAAACCCUCUUAUCGCGAGGCGCUGAUCCCAAUUUGAUUCUCCCCAAAGUUCGAAUUUCCCCCCUUCACCUAAUCAUCGGAAACGAUUCCGUGGAGUUCGCAGUGACUGUCGUCACUCUUCUACUUCAAAACGGGGGAAACCCCAAUAAUCAAGCCGAUGAUGGCUUAACACCGAUUCACAUCGCCGCCGCUUGGGGGCGCUAUGACAUCCUCAAGCUCCUUCUGGAUUGCGGGGGAGACCCCGAAAUCAGGGACACCAACAACAAGACUGCUUUUCAUUACGCCCUAGAAGAGGGCUUCGUCAAAUGCUACAAUUUGCUCAAGCUUUAUGUGGCUGAUAAGGCCGACGUUUUGUUUAAGGAGAAAGAAGACUGCAAGAAUUACGAUUUUAAAUUGGAUAAGAUAGUGGUAGACAAUGGUAGUACAAUCGGCGAAUACGAAAUCAUCAAUGAGUCCAAAACCGACAGUAUUAGUAAAAAUUCGCCCAAAUUGGACGAACUGCCCCAGUCCAACUCAAACGAGUACAUCAUCAACUGGUUCAACAGCCACGUCCAAACCUCCCCCACCGCCACCGCCCACACAGCCGGAAGCACCUCCGGCUUCGACGACACCGAUUCGUUCAAAGAAUCGGACGAGGAGCGAUACACUCACUUAAACAACCACAAUGUCUGUUUCCGCAAGGUUUACCGCAAAAGAUCGCCGAAAAAAAUCAAAAUCAAGGAAAUCAGCGGGCUCACAGGCCUGGACUCCACCAGUGACUACGCCACGUGCACGUCCGGGGCUUCCCCCGAUGCUCUCGAACGCAACAUUUUUGAUUUUCCGGAUGAGACCAAGUCGGAAGGGGUCAGCAGCUCGGAUUUGAGUUUUGUGAGCGUUUCGGAGGUUUACAAGUAUGUGGAUGAGGCCGAAGGGAUUGUUUUGUACGAGAGGAGGUUUUUGAAGACGCCCACAGUCAGUGAGGGCAGUGUCAAGUCGUUUGUUUCCUCGAGGGAUUCACUCCCGGAAACAAUUGAUUUCGAGGAUUAUGAUCCUGAGACUAUCAGGAGGGAACUGACGAGUUUGGGGUACAAUCCGGGGCCGAUUACGGUCUCGACAAGGAGGGUUUAUUUGAAGAAGUUGAAGCAGUUGAAGAAAGUACAGCCGGUGGUCAAGACGGUGGAGAAAAAGGCGGAACCUAGAGUGUACUCCUCCGAGUUGGAGAAAACCCUGUGCAACCCCGACUGGUUGAAAAACAUCUCGCUGUACAAAACCCUCGACGAGGCUUUCACCAAGCAGUUCUCCACGCCAGACCCUUCGAAAAAGUGGCGCGAGGGCACCAACAAGUCCUCCUUCACCUACCUCCUCCUGGACCCCCGAAUCACCAACAACCUGCCGUUCAGGUCCGAGUCGCUCAAACCUAGGGAGGUUUGGGAGACGUUCCUGUCGUCGGUGUUUUACGUGGGGAAGGGAAAGAGGACACGGCCCUAUGACCACCUCUACGACGCCGUCAAUCUCUGGAAUCGGGGACUGAGGAGCUCCGAGUGUCGCAAGUUGGACAAAAUCCUGGAUAUUUGGAAGGAUAAUUGCGGGGUUGUGUGUUUGCACCUCUUCCAGAACAGUAUCCCGGUGGAGGCGUACACGCGAGAGGCGGCGAUUAUUGACGCGAUCAACAUCGAGAAUUUGUGUAAUGUGAACAGGGGGAAUUUUUACGGGGUGGCGGCGACCUGGGGGCAGAGGGAUAAGGACAAGUUCGGGGUGUUUCUGCUCUACAAGGCCAUGGUGAUUUUUUUGAACGAAGGGGAGAGGCAGCUGUGUCCCGCGGAUAUUAACUAGGGUUCUGCAGUUUGUAUUUACUUCACAGUAUUAGGCGGACAUUAUUUGAUGAAAUUGUACACUGUUUUAUUUAUACGAUUAUGUCUAUUCUAUGAAUAAAAAAUAACUUGCUCAAAUAAUGCUAGUUUUAUAAUUAGAUUUGUUAACAUUCAAAUAUGGCAAUAAACUUUUUACAUUGAUAAA